AUGCGCCAAGCUGGGGGACCUGGAGCUUUGCAUGGUGCGUACCCGCCGGGUAAACCUGGAGCUUUGCAUGGCGCAUACCCGCUGGGGAAACCUGGAGCUUUGCAUGGCGCAUACCUGCCGGGUAAACCUGGAGCUUUGCAUGGCAUGUACCCGCCAGGUAAACCUGGAGCUUUGCAUGGCGCGUACCUGCCGGGUAAACCUGGAGCUUUGCAUGGCGGGUACAAGUCGAGUAAACUGGGAGCUUUGGAUGGUAAACCUGGAGCUUGGCAUGGCACGUACACACCAGGGAAACCUGGGGCUUUGCAUGGCGCGGUCCCGCUGGGUAAACCUGGAGCUUUGCAUGGCCCGUACCCACCAGGGAAACCUGGAGCUUUGCAUGGCGCGGACCCGCUGGGUAAACCUGGAGCUUUGCAUGGUGCGUACCCAUCGGGUAAACUCCGAGCUUUGUAUGGCAUAUUUCUGCCAGGGAAACUUGGACCUCCACCAAACCCAUACCUGCCACUUCAACCUGGACCUCCAUUGGGCCAGUAA